CAUCAUAUCAAAACGCCUGUUUAGAUUGAGACUAUUUGAACCUUUUGGCUUUACAUACACUUGCAGCCUAAAAGAAACGUCAUCAAAUUUGGAUAGCGAUAUGUUGUAGUCUCUCUCACUGCAGAACAUCCGCACCUAGGGUUGGUUGUUGUUUUUCCUAACGUGCGCCGACACCCCAAGUCAGUGCGGUAAAACAUAGCCUACGAAUAAGCUUUUAUUAAACAAAUUUACAGUAAGCGCUUUGCAAUUCAUUUCAAUUCGUAAUAAAUAUGAGUAACGAAUGAGGUCUGCAGGAUGUCGUUCAAGAAGGAGACGCCCCUGGCUAAUGCUGUGUUUUGGGCUGCUCGGAAGGGGAACUUGGCCCUGCUUCAGUUGCUGCUCAACAGUGGCCGCGUGGAUGCCGACUGCAGAGACAGUUUUGGCACCACAGCCCUGAUGGUGGCAUCCUACAGUGGUCACUAUGAUUGUGCCAAGGAGCUGAUCAUGCAAGGAGCUGACAUUAACUUGCAGAGACAGACAGGCUCCACUGCCCUCUUUUUUGCUGCCCAGCAGGGACACGGUGACACAGUGAAGCUCCUCUUUGAAUUUGGUGCCUCAUCUGAAUUCCAGACAAAGGACGGGGGCACGGCCCUCUCUGCAGCCUGUCAGUAUGGCCACACUAAGGUGGUUGACAUUCUUUUAAAGAAUGGAGCCAAUGUGCAUGACCAGCUUAAUGAUGGUGCAACACCACUCUUCCUUGCUUCCCAGGAGGGUCAUGUUACUGUUAUACGUCAACUGCUGUCAUCUGGUGCCAAAGUUAACCAACCUAGGGAGGAUGGUACAGCCCCCCUGUGGAUGGCAGCUCAGAUGGGACACAGUGAGGUAGUGAAGGUUUUACUUCUGCGUGGUGCAGAUCGGGAUGCUGACAGAAAAGAUGGGUCAACUGCAUUAUUCAAGGCAGCUUACAAAGGACACAACAGUGUCAUUGAGGAGCUCCUCAAGUUUUCCCCUUCAACAGGAAUUCUUAAGAAUGGUUCUACAGCCCUCCACGCUGCUGUCAUGGGUGGCAAUCAUAAAAGUGUUAACCUUCUGCUUAGGGCCAAUGCAGACCCCACACUACCCAAUAAGAACAAUGAACUGCCAGCAGAUCUUACAAAAAGUGAACGCAUCCUGAGGCUUCUGGAACCGCAAAUAUUGAAUGGAAGUAGUUGAUGUGAGCCCUUGUUUAGACAAUGGUUAUUUAAUGGAGAGAAAUGCACUGAGAGCUCAUACAGGACAACCCAACUGGAUUCUACAAUACAUAUAUGGUGCUUGCUUUCAUGCAGCUUCAGAAAACUCAAUGCUGAUUGGAGAUAUCAUAACUGCACAUAUCUAAGUGGAAUGUUCGAUAAGUAGGCUAUUACAAAACAGUACAGUGCUGUGAAAAAGUAUGUGUCUCUUGUCAGGUGUUUUGCAUAUUUUUGUCACUGAUUGUUAUUAGAUCUUUUACCAAAGCAUAAUAUAAAAAAUAAAACCUAAGUGAACAAAUACAUUUUUAAUGAUUCAUUCAAAAAAGUUAUGCAACACCUGAUGCACUAGUGUGAAAAAGUAAUCUCCCCUUUAGGCUCAAAUCUGCCACCUCCACCUUUUGCGACAGUGACUGCGACCAAAUUCCCUCCCGUAGUUAUUGAUCAGUCUUUCACGCCCCUGUCGAGAAAUUGUGGCCCACCCCAUCCAGAACUGCUUUUUUUUUUUGAGGAUGGUCAUUUCGGGUCCUGCCACAACAUCUCCACAGGGUUUAGGUCUCGACUUAUACUAGGCCAGUACCUGACCUAAAAUCUCUUCUUAUUUAGCAAUUUUAAAGUAGAUUUGCUUGUGUGUUUCAGUUCAGAUCAUUGUUUUGUUGCAUGAACUAGCUGCACUAAAGCAUCAACUCACAGUUGGAUGAACAGAUCCUGUAGAAAUGUCUGAUAUUAAGCAGAAUUCAUGGUUGCUUCAAUGAUGGCAAGUUGCCCAGGUCCUGAUGUAGCAAAGCAUCCCCAGACCAUGACACUGCCAGCCUAAUACUAGAUCAUUGGUAUGAGGAUCUUAAUGUGGAAUGGAGUGUUUGGUUUUGCCAGACAUGAUGGGGCUCAUGUCCCCUGAAGAAGUUCUACUUUUGACGCACCUGUCUGUACAACAAUUCUCCAGAACACUUGAAGAUCAUCAAGGUGCCUUUUGGCAAACUUAAGACAAGCAUUCAUGUGCCUCUUAGUGAGCAGUGAUUUCUGCUUUACCACUUUACCACACAUUUUUGUCCAGUGUCUUUUUGAUGGAGCCUAGAACACUGACCUUUUCCGGGUAACAGAGAGGCCUGCAAUCACUGGGUGAUGCUCAGGUCUAGGCUUCUUUCUGACUACCUGGACUACCUUCCUUGCUGUUGGAGAGAUUUUGACAGGACGGCCACUCCUGGAAAGAUUUCCUACUGUCCCAAACUUUUUCAAUUUGGACAAAAUGGAUCUGACUGGUUUGGUGGAAAAUGAAAUGCAUCAAGGCAUAUCUGGCCAAUGUUACUCAGACAUUUUUUGGGCAGGAAUGGCCCAAUCAUUUACCAAGUAAUUCAAACACCUAACCCAAAUAUUACCUUUCAUUGCAUUAAAUUAGUUUCAGUCCCUAGUUUUAACAAUACUAUAGUUUUAAUGCGCUGGAGAUUUAGAAUCAAUCUGAAUUGAAUGCUGAGGUGUCCCUUAUGAUAUAAGGAAUGUUCCUUUUAAUUUCUUCACUGUACAUCUAGUUGUUGUUAUUACUUGGUCUUUGGGAUUUUUGGCUGACAAUACAUGUAUAAUCACUAUGUGACAACUGCUAAUACAAAAAGGGAUUUAAAAAAAUAAAUUUGAUUUGAAUUAACCAGGGGGGCAGAAAUCUUCUUUCUCAAAAGUAUUAUGUUUGUUUACCUAUCACACCUAACAAAUUCAAAGUAUGUCAUUUCUUUCUUUCAAUCAUUCUGAAUAUUAAUAGCCUACAAGCCACAAAUAGAUUUGGACAAAUGCAAUGUGAAAACAAAAAAUUAGGAAGGCAUCAUACUUUUUCACAGCAUUGUAUAAUUUUUGGCGACAGACAUUUUCCCACCCUUUUUCAAUAGUGUUCUAAUUUUGGUAUAUCAUUUGCUUCCAUCAGUUUUUUUUUUUUAAAUAACAAACUUUUUUAGAAAAAAUUUCCCUGGUGCUGUAACAUUUCAUAUCAGAGUGUUUAAGCAAAGUAACGAAUUGGCUGUGAAAUUGACAUUAAAAGAUCAGUUAAAGCUUCUCUUAUAGAUGGAUUGGUUGUUUAGCCACAAAUCCGAUGCAACAUUGGGGUACAAGACUGGCCAGGUUGGCCACAUGUUGUUAGGUUGUUGACAUGUUAACUAUAUUGUCCAAAUAUUAUUAAAAACAUACUCAAGUA